GGACCGAGGAUACCCAUUUCAUUUCGAAACAACAUCGUCGCCAUUUUGUUAAAGAAAUGAUUCCCCAGCAAAAUCUUUGAUUUGUUUGUUCUUCAAGCACACAAUGUAACUGAUUCCCACGAUGAGCGCUCCCCCGAAGCCUUGGGAAGGAGCUGGUGUAAAUUCUCGGGCUAGUACGGCAUUCCGGAGUGCAAUCACUCCACGACUUCCCCCGACAGUAGGCGACCGAAGCAAUCAGCUAUCUGAAAGUGCCCCAACAUCACAAGCGAUGGAUUGCUGCUCAAAUAAGAACCCUCCCCCGAUUCCAUCUAGACCACAGAGAGCUGGCAUGUCAAGCAUGGGUAGCGGGUACGGCAUGUCAAGCUAUGGUGGUGGCUACAGCAGCAUGUAUGGCGGGGGGAUGUAUGGUAGCAGUAUGUAUGGUGGAGGCAUGUAUGGGAGUGGCAUGUAUGGAGGAUAUGGGGGAUAUGGUGGCGGAUAUGGGGGAUACUCUUCCUACGGCAUGAUGAAUAGAGGGUAUGGUCAGGAAGGAACUAGUACCUUUGUUCGCCGAGCUGAGGAGAGCAGUCAAGCAGCCUUCCAAUCAGUAGAAUCCAUUGUCCAGGCAUUUGGCUCUAUUGCCAUGAUGCUUGAGUCCACUCAUUUUGCCAUGUUUAACUCAUUCAGAGCUGUAAUUGGAGCAGCUGACCACUUUAGCAGACUUAAGAACCACCUUCUUAGUGCAUUUGGUGCUGUAGCAAUAUUUAGAACACUGAAAUACUUGUACCAGAAGCUGCUCUAUAUGCUUGGCUUGAUAAAGACCUCUGGCCUGGAUGAGGAGGUGUGGACUGAUGCAGCCACCUCUGCUGCCUCUGCCGCGGCAGAAGGGGAUGCAAAGCGGGCCUCAAGAUCUUGGCCGAUUAUCAUGUUCUUUGCUGUUGUGAUGGGCGUACCAUGGUUGAUUUGGAAGUUCUUGCAGUCUGUCUCGAGUGAGGAAGACAGUAGUAAAGACUGGAUGACAGGUGAGGGUGAUCAUGUACUAGCCAAGGCCGAGUUUGACUUUAACGCACAGGGUGAGGAUGAGUUGUCCUUUGCUGCUGGAACUGUCCUGAGGCUUGCUCCUAAAGGAAAGCAGCCCCGUAUGCGGGGAUGGCUUCUAGCCACAGUCGAUGGUGUAAAGGAUGGAAUUGUGCCUGGUAACUAUGUUAAGAUUCUUGGGUUAAGGCGUGGCACCAAGUCUGGGGCAACUGUCCAAGAAAUAUCACAAACACCACUGCCUGAAGAGUCAUCACAACAAGAACAGCAAAGAGACACUCUCAAUGUAGAUUUGCUUAGCGAGUUUGAUAAUGCACAGAGUGGGCCGGAUAUUCCGGAUUCCUGAGAGUCAAAACAAGAAACUGAGAACAAGAACAAUGGUAACAAUCACAGUUGUUGUAAAUGAUCAAAGCGAAAAUUUGUAUAAAUAAAACAGUACACAUUUACAAAUACAUGGCACCAAUGAUAUUGCAAAUGAGACAAACCUACCAGGCACAGGUCCAGACCUAUUUUAUAGUCUGCGUAAUGGCUCUUAAUUAAUGGGGAGGGGAAGGGGGCGAGAGAAGAAAAAGAAAAUGUACGCCUUAGAUUCCCUUGAGAGCUGCUACGCAGGCUAUAUUUUACACCUGUUUAUCUAAACAGGUCAACGUGAUUAGAGUUAGUGUGUCAAGUAUUGUCUGGUAUGUCUUCUUUCUUUUAAUAGAGCCAUUUGUGUUCAGUAUUCAGUUUUCGUUUUUUUUUUUGUAAACAGGUUAGAAUUUUUACCUUUUAUCCAUACCUGGCUACUGUCAGAGAACUGAUAAAGAAACAAACAGGAAGGGAGCUCUGCCAGUAGGGUAUCUAUUAAAUACUACCAAUUAUUAGCUAUUAUUUUUUAACAUAGAAUGUUAAGUUAUGUGAAGCUACACCAGAGUGGUUUUAGUAAGCUGAAAAAUGAUUUGUAAUAGUCAAAACUAGUAGUCAAGUUAAUGCAAAAGAAAUGAAAAGUG